AUGCCAGGGGGCGACGACGACGGCUCCGGCACGACCGCGCUCCUUGGCAUUGCACGCUCCAUUGCACGCAAGGGAGUAACAUUCCGGAAGAACGUCCAGCUGUGCGCGUUCUCUGGCGAAGAACAGGGCCUGCUUGGUUCCCGGGCAUAUGCGCGUGAGUUCAAGCUUACCUGCUCGUCGACUCCUGCGUACAGGAAGGCUAUAUCUUUACUCACCGCGUUGUUCCGGGGAUCGGACAUGCUCGCGUACCAUGUGCCUGGGGAGCCCCCACAGCUGGGCAUGCCCGAUCGUGUUGGCACGCCCGAGGUGACGCAACUCGUGGCGAACCUGUCUGCUAUUUACAGCCCCGAAUUGGUCUUUGGUCUAACAUCUGCGUGCUGCAGUGACCACCAAAGCUUCCACGAACAGGGAUAUCCCGCUUCCCAACUCUUUGAACGUGCCGGACCGAUCGCGGACCCGAUGUACCAUACCAGUGGGGAUUUUUCGGACCGAGUAGGAUUCGACUUUGAGCAGCUCAGGUCCAUUGCGAAGAUCCAGUUUGCACUGUUGUUGCAUGCGGCUGGAUUUCACCUCCCGGAGAUGAAAUCUAUUCUCAACACUCGUGCGCUUGUCCUCUGA